AAAGAAUCAUGAAAAAAGUUGAUAAUACAUCAGCAUAUUGAAAUGAUUUAUGAAGGAUCAUGUGACACUGAAGACUGAAGUAAAGAAGCUGAAAAUUCAUCUUUGCAUCACAGGAAUAAAUUUAAUUUUAAAAUAUAUUCACACAGAAAACAGUUAUUUUACAUUUAAAUAAUAUUUCACAAUAGGGCCUUUUCCUGUGUUUUUGAUCAAAUAAAUGCAGCCUUAAUGAGCAGAAGAAACUUCUUUAAAAAAAAAACUAUUUUUUAACAUUUUAGGACGACUAUAUUUUGAUCCACUUCAAAUGUGCAUCUGUGACAACUUACCGCAUAUUGAGUGCGCCAGUGUUCAGUGUGUAUUUUCUGGCCAAUAUGGAUGAAUAUGUUUAAUAGUUUUUUCGUCGCUAAAACUUUAAAGUUCCUCGCGUCUGUACAAAAAAAUACCAUUUCGAUUUACCUACACAGUGAAAGUUUACCAUGCACUAGGCUAUAGAAACAUAUAACAGACAGAAACUGUAAAAUAUAUUACUUAAAUUAACAAAACAUUUAUUACAGUUUUCCUGAGGAGAACCUCUUAUGGCGUGUUCUGUACUUGCGCGCCCUCUACUGCCCUGUAUAAAAACUGUAGUCAUUUAAGACACCUUACUUACCAUAAAAAAAACUUGGCACCAAACGGCCGCCCGGCGUCUCCAUCCCGCUGGAAUCUCAGGAAUACAAAGUUCUUAUCUCGCUCCACACGUUGCUUGUCGGUGACUAUUAACAAACAGCAUUGUGUUCGCGUGAGCGAGCGGGCGGGAGGCGGAGAACGGGCGUAUAUAAGCGCUCUUGUACAAGAGUGUUCUCGAGAAUACAGAAAGAUGCAAGAGUGCAUUGAGAAGACUGCAGCUUAAUAAUACUUUUUAGCUGUUUGAGAAUUUAUUGGAUUAUCACAAUUUGUGCCACAUCAAGUACUUGCAGAAAAUAAAUAAAUAAAAUGGAUUUGAGGAUUAUUUUCCCAGUGUUGUCCAUGCUGUCAUCUGGAAUUUUUGACUUGGCUGCUCCAGCAUCUUUGGGUCAUGGCACAGCACAAGGCACAUCAAUCUCUGCUCGCCACUCCAGGACUAAGAGAUGUUCCUGCGCAAGUUUUAUGGAUAAAGAGUGUGUCUACUUUUGCCACCUGGACAUAAUAUGGGUCAACACUCCAGAGCGAACAGUGUCAUAUGGACUUGGAAACGCUCCACGCAAGAAGCGCUCAGUAACAGAACCUGUUGUGCCCAAGUCACGCUGCAAAUGUGCAGAUAGCCAAGACAAAACAUGCUCUUCAUUCUGUCAGCCGAACAAUGCGUUACGGCACAAAGCAGCAUCAGACAAGGCAAUCCAUGCCGCCCAGGGCCAAGAUUGUGCCGAGAAGCAAUGCAAACACAAACUGGCAGCCAAACAGACAAAGAUUAAACGGGUGAAAAACACAAAACACACCGGUGACGUCCUCUCCAGGAAGCGGGGCAUCAAGAGGAUCCAUCUUCUCCUGGAGAACUGGCGAGUGAGGCGUCACCACAGGGCACGAGCGUGGACGUCCAAAAACGCCGCCUCGUAGAAAACAAGCUCAGCUUUUGCCCUUUGCUGAUCCACUACAGGAUUUAGCUGAAGAAGCUCCUCUCUGCUCAUUCAUCAUACACGUCUUGUGUGUUCAUGCCAUUGGGUGUCAUCAGGUGUGUUGGAUUACCUGCAGAUGCAAGCAUCUUGGAUUGUGGUGUUUGUCAUGUGGGCUCCACCCUAGAGGCAAGCCUGGCAUCAGUAUGGAGCUCAAUGGGAUGAAAAUCCAAGGAAGAUGUUGACUGAAACAAACCAAACCUCAAAUUAUAAACACUAACCUCUAUCAACUCGUUUCUAAACUAGACCUUUCGGUGCAUGGGAUAACUAGAAGCCAAGUGGGACGUUUAAAUUAAACUGAUUGCAAAUAAAGGCUAUGCAUUGAAGAUGUUUGUUGCACAGGAGGAAUAUGUUGUAACUAAAUGAAACUGUGGAAUCAGGGACUCCAGAAACCCAAAGCGAUGUGUGACGCCCAUCAGAGGAUACUGAACAUCUAGCCACUACAAGCCAUAGACUCUAGUUCUUGGAUAAUGUUACUGGACUCAUUCACUUUAUUCACUGUAAAGCAAUGAAGCUCUGCGACUGCGUCAGUGCAUCAACUGGAAAUGCUAUUUUUCACAUUUAUGUUAAAUAUUUCUUUAAUUAAGCCAUAUUGGCUAAUAAGAUUUUUCCUAAUGUUAUUUCUAUGAAAUGACAACAUUUAAUUGCCAUUUAUGUGGUAAACAUUGUUAGGUAUUAAUAAAUAUUUUGCAUUAUUUAAACAA